GGGCACCCGAAAGGGGCGGGGUCGCAACCAACCUUCGCUGGAGCAGAGUCUCUCUCUGCUGUGAGGCAGGAGGGGCAGUGCGUCAUCGGCCUGCGCCGCCAGACUCUGAAGACUCGGGUUUUGCGGUGGAAAGUGAGACGGUAGGAGUCGCUUUCUGAUGAGGUCGUUGGCUGUGGCAUUGGGACCAAAGGGUAGUGUGUAUAUCCAGAAGCUGAUAGUACUAUUUUCCCUGACGGCUUAAUAGAAUUAUUUGCCACGUGUGCACUUUCUGUAGAACAGGAUACUAAAUUAGCUCCCAACAAUGGGCCGAACGUACAUUGUAGAUGACUCUGUUGGCCAGUAUCUUUCAAACAUCAAACUCCAAGGAAAACCUUUUGUCUCUGGUCUUCUAAUAGGACAGUGUUCUUCACAGAAAGAUUAUGUGAUUCUUGCCACUAGAACACCACCCAAAGAGGAACAAUAUGAGAACCUCAAACAUCCUAAAACUAAGUUGGACUUUUUAGAUGAAGAGUGGGCAACAGAACAUGCCCACCAGUUAAUGUAUGCUGUGGAAAAAUCUAUAAAUACAAAAAGACUCUGGAAUUUCACAGAGGAGGAAGUUUCAGAACGAGUGAUACUUCAUAUUUGCCCUUCUACGAAAAAAAUAUCUUGUCGAACUUAUGAUGUCUGUGAUCCAAAGAAAAAAUCUAGAGGAAGUGCUCUAGCACCCAGUCAUUCUUUUGAUGUCCGAGUGCUAACACAGUUGGACAGGGGCUCAUACAAUUCUGCAAAAGAGUUCCACAUCCUCCCUCACCGAGUUUUUGUCCCCAUUCCUGGAUCCACUGUCAUGCUGUGUGGUUAUAAAUUUGGUGAUGAGUCAGCUGAAGAAAUCAGAGACCAUUUUAGAGAGAUGUUAGAUCUGGCGAUUGAAGUAGAACAUUUAGAAAUUGCAGAGGAGAUUAACACAGCUUGCAUGAGUUCCUCUAUGAAUAGUGAGUCUGCAUUGGACAACGCUGAAGAUGAACAGCCAGAGCAGCCAAUGAAAAGUAUAGUAGCACUGAAAAUUCAGCAAAACAUAGGUAUGAUUGCAGCAUUUGCAGUUGCAGUCCUUGCUGCAGGCAUCUCCUUUCAUUACUUCAGUGAUUAGAGUGAGGCAUAAAGAAAUGUCCUGAUCAUCCAGCAGACAUUGAUCAGCAACUGUGAAUAAUAAGGUUGUAAACACCUAUAUGUAAGACAGUAGCAGCUACAUCUGCUGCCAUAAUGAGUAUUAGGUAUGUUUCUAACAUGAAAUCACCAGCUGCCUUCGUUAGCCUGCUUCUAUUAUA